CCAGCCUCAAUCUCUCCCGGGUUAAAGGUUCCAGUUGGUCGGGCUCUCCCACCCUGUUUCCGUGAUCGCACAACUGACUCCUCCUGCCUCUCGUAUUCCGGGCCAUGGACGCAACCAUAAUCGUCCAAAAUCAUCAUUUUUAAUAGCGGUAGAUCACAGAUCAGACACUGGGGAGGGAGAGAAGCAAGGGCUGGAUCUGGAUCUGUUGCCAAGUCUGGUUGAGGCUUGUUGGCCGGUUAAUGAAUAGAGUAAAGAGGAUCAAACUUGAAGACGAAACAGAAGGUAGUUGGAAAAGUUGUGCAGCAGUCAGGAUGACCGCAGUGGACGAGCUCUCGGACAGCACGGAGGUGGUGGAGAUGGAGGACGUUCCCUCCCAGUUUUUCGUGGAGAAGCACUCUUGGGACGGCUUGCGGGACAUCAUCCACAGCAGCCGGAAAUACUCGGGCAUGAUCGUCAACAAGGCGCCACACGACUUUCAGUUUGUGCAGAAAUAUGAUGACUUGGGACCCCACUCGCAUCGGCUGUACUACCUCGGAAUGCCCUAUGGGAGCAGGGAAAAUUCACUGCUUUACUCUGAAAUUCCCAAGAAGAUUAGGAAGGAGGCCCUCUUGGUUCUGUCCUGGAAACAGAUGCUGGAUCAUUUUCAGGCCACGCCUCACCAUGGCGUCUACUCCCGAGAGGAGGAGCUUCUGCGCGAGAGAAAGCGGCUGGGAGUCUUUGGAAUCACCUCCUACGACUACCACGCCCAGAGCGGCCUUUUCCUGUUCCAGGCCAGCAACAGCCUCUUCUACUGCCGGGAUGGAGGGCACAAUGGUUUCAUCCAGGUCUCUCCAAUGAAGCCGGUGGAAAUCAAGACUCAGUGCUCAGGGACUCGGAUGGACCCCAAGAUCUGCAUGGGGGACCCCAGCUUCAUUGCUUUCAUCAACAACAACGACGUGUGGGUGGCCAACAUCGAGACCGGGGAAGAGAAAAGACUGACCUUCUGUCAUAAAGGUAUCAAUAACGUAAAGGAUGACCCCAAGUCUGCGGGAGUGGCCACGUUCGUCAUCCAGGAGGAGUUUGACCGCUUCACAGGCUACUGGUGGUCCCCAGCUGCCCCAGAAGACUCGGACGGGGGGAAGACUCUCCAUUUGCUCUACGAGGAGGUGGAUGAGUCCGAGGUAGAGAUCAUCCACGUGCCCUCACCUGCGCUGGAGGAACGCAAGGCCGACGCGUACAGGUACCCCAGAACAGGGAGCAAAAACCCCAAAAUCUCUCUCAAACUCGCCGAGAUCAAGACCGACCACCUUGGGAGAAUCGUGAGCACACAGGACAAGGAGCUGGUCCUGCCUUUCACCGUGCUGUUCCCUGGAGUCGAGUACAUAGCCCGGGCUGGCUGGACAAGAGAUGGCAAAUACGCCUGGGCCGUGUUCCUGGACCGGAGUCAGCAGAGGCUCCAGCUGGUCCUGCUGCCCACUGCCCUCUUUAUUCCCGUCUCCGAGGACGAGGCGCAGCGGCGGGAGAGCGUGGAGGCCGUCUCCGAGAACGUCCACCCCUUCGUGAUCUACGAGGAAGUCACCGACAUCUGGAUCAACGUUCAUGACAUCUUCUACCCUUUUCUGCAAACAAAGGACGACGAGAUCACGUUUAUAUGGGUUAACGAAUCCAAAACGGGGUUCUGCCAUCUGUACAAAAUUACAUCCAUAUUGCAGCCCGGGUGCUACCAGUGGUCACGAGACUACAGCCAUACUGAAGGAGACUUUAAGUGCCCAAUUAAGGAAGAAAUUGCGCUAACGAGUGGGGAGUGGGAAGUCCUGGCCAGACAUGGUUCAAAGAUCUGGGUCAACGAAAGCACGAAGCUGGUGUAUUUCCAGGCCACCAAGGAUACCCCACUAGAACAUCACCUCUAUGUCGUCAGCCAUGAUUCUCCAGGCGAGAUAGUCAGGCUCACCAAGCCUGGCUUCUCCCACAGCUGCUCCAUGAGUCAGAACUUUGACAUGUUCGUCAGCCACUACAGUAACGUCAGCACGCCGCCCUGCGUUCAUGUGUACAAGCUGGUUGGCUCCGACAGUGACCCCCUGCACAAGGAACCUGAAUUCUGGGCCAGCAUGAUGGAGGCCACAGGUUGUCCAUCGGAUUAUAUUCCUCCUGAAAUUUUUGACUUCCCGGGAAAAUCGGGGUUCCAGCUGUACGGGAUGGUGUACAAACCCCACAACCUGCAACCUGGCAGAAAGCAUCCCACCAUCCUCUUUGUGUAUGGGGGUCCCCAGGUCCAGCUCGUGAACAAUUCUUUUAAAGGGGUGAAGUACCUGCGCCUCAACACCCUGGCCUCUCUGGGCUACGCAGUGGUGGUCAUCGACGGCCGGGGCUCCUGUCAGAGGGGCCUCAAGUUUGAAGGGGCUCUCAAAAACAAAAUGGGCCAGGUGGAGAUUGAGGACCAGGUGGAAGGGCUCCAGUAUGUGGCCGAGAAGUUCAACUUUGUGGACCUGAGUCGUGUGGCCAUCCAUGGUUGGUCAUACGGUGGCUUCCUGUCGCUCAUGGGCCUCAUUCAUAGGCCCAACAUCUUCAAGGUGGCCAUCGCCGGCGCCCCCGUGACGGUGUGGAUGGCGUACGACACGGGCUACACCGAGCGCUACAUGGACGUGCCCGAGAAUAACCAGCAGGGCUACGAGGCGGGGUCGGUGGCACUGCACGUGGACAAGCUGCCCAAUGAGCCCAAUCGCUUACUGAUCCUACACGGAUUUCUUGACGAGAAUGUGCACUUUUUCCACACCAACUUCCUGGUGUCCCAACUGAUCCGUGCUGGAAAGCCAUAUCAACUGCAGAUCUAUCCCAACGAGCGACACAGCAUCCGAUGCCCAGAAUCAGGCGAGCACUACGAGAUCAUGCUGCUGCACUUUUUACAGCAAUACCUCUGAGAGCGGACUCUGUUGGGGCUGGUACCUCCUCAUCCUGCAAUUCACCCAUCACGCCUCACACCCCCCCCCUUACACAACCCCCUCCCCCGCCCCAAGGUGUGAGAAAUCCUCUCCGAGAGGGUGUACCCCACUUCGCGGCCCGUCUUUCCUCAUCCUGGAGGACAGCGGGCGUUGUUUUGGUCUUUUUUUCGAAGCAAUCCAAAUGGAAACAGGAGGCCACACACCCCCCCCCACCCCGACUUCGGGAGAAAAAAAAAAGAACAAAAAUUUGCCGUGCUGUAAAAGAAAAUACACUUCCGAAUGGAAUCGAUAGCUUGCAAGUAACUUAUAAUUAUUUUAUUUUGGUGUUGUGCCACAUCCAACUCUUUUCAGAUUUUUUUUAAAAUCCCAACAGGGAUGGAGGUGAUCAUUUUGCCAAAUUUCCUCCCCCCCCUCCUCCUCUCAGUCCAGUCAGUGGCUUACAGCUGUCGCCUACUAAAAUGAUUUUGCCUCACACAACCCCUCAGACUGACAUUCACGUCCUCCAUUGUUGUUUUCCUCCGUACAUGUGUCUCAUUUUAAUUUUUUUUUUCGUUUGGAUUUUUAUUUUGAAACCUGCAGCAAACCAUCAAGGACAGGCAAGGUCUCGCCCCCCCCCGCAAUCUGAACUUUGCGCCUCGAAAAAAGUGUGCAAAGAGGGGGCGGAGCCAUCCACUACUACCUGCACCCAGUAUUUUAAGUGUGUAUUAUUAAAGAAAAUAUUUUUAUGGAUUCUUAUUCUUUUAUAAUGAGUGUAAAGUGUAGUAACUCAUUAAAAUAUUACGAUCUCUCA